AUGCCUCUCAUGUCCGAAAAUACGCCCCUCUUCUCAGCCGACCUCGUUUCACAGUCCGUUGUCUCUCAGCUACCUGAAAACUACACCUGCCGCCCGCUCCAAGCAUCAGACUAUGAAUCCGGGUUUCUCGAUGUUCUCCGUGUACUGACAACUGUCGGUGACAUCUCCGAAGACAAGUUCUUGGAACAAUUUGAUUGGAUGCAAAAGAGAGGCGACUAUUAUAUCCUGGUCAUUUGCGAUGGGGACAAGAAGGUAGUGGGCACCGGAGCGUUGAUGGUGGAAAGGAAGUUCAUCCAUACUCUCGGUAGUGUGGGUCAUAUUGAAGAUAUUGCUGUCGCCAAAGAUCAACAAGGGAAGAAGCUGGGACUCCGUAUCAUUCAGGCAUUGGACUACGUGGCGGAGAAAGUGGGAUGCUAUAAGUGCAUUCUUGACUGCUCGGAAGCCAAUGAAGGCUUUUACGUCAAAUGUGGCUUCAAACGUGCGGGCUUACAGAUGGCGCAUUACUAUGAACCACCAAAGCCACAUGCAUGA